AGGCUCCUGGGCUCCUCGCGAACCCAGGCUCUUGGGUUCGCCUGGAGGUAAAAGAAAAAAAAAGGCCGGAGGAAGGAGAGGAUGGGGAAGAAGAUGAGGGUUCAUGAUCAUUCUGUCAGUUUAGCACUAAGAUCGAGUCUUUGGUUUAAUGCGAGAGAAGCUGUUGCUGGGAAGGAGAGGAAGGCAAGGAAGAUGAGCUGCCAAAACGAUGGUGGUGAGAGCAGGGAGAUCGGUCUGUCUGCUGUUCGUGAAGAAGAAGCUGUUGCUAGGAAGGAGAGGAAGGCAACGAAGAUGAGCUGCCAACAUGAUGGUGGUGAGAGCAAGGAGAUCGAUCUGUUUCUUCUUUCAAACACGGUGCUGGUGACUAGUGAGGGCAGGGAGAGCAGUCCGAACCUUGUGCAUUUGUGGGACCCUCUCACCGCGUUUGUUGCACCUCGGAUUCAGGUUAUAGGGCGUGACACGGAAUUCAUCCCCAUUUUCUGUAGAAUUUCGGACAUCACAAGACAGCAAAUUAACUGGAUAAUUUUAGGCUUGGAGGAGCUGUCAACAUACCAGAAUUUCCAGCAGCAGAACCGGACCUGGCAUGGGAAGAAGCCGGCGGGAAUUUGGGGAGAAAAAUCAAGAAAUCCACUGGAAAUUGGGAAACCAAGAGAAAUUAAGGUAAACCCAAGCCAAUUCAAGGAAAAACAGAGAAUUAAUGGCUGUUUCUUACCGAAAAACCCAGAAUUUCGCACCCACAUAGCAGAAACUGACGGACAAGGGAAGAAGAAGCAGAGCAGAUCCGGGAUUUUUGGGUUGAGGGAGAGAGUUCUAAGUCCUAAAACUUGUUAUUGAGCAACAAAGAAGGAGAAAUUUCAAGCUUCUCUUACCGGUUUUUCAAGGGAUGGCUGUCGGCUUGCUUGGUUCCUUUUUUUUUUUUGUUUCGGGUUGCAGUAGGGUCGGGAAGAGCAGAAGCACGCGGGCUGAAGAAGAAAGGAAGAAGAAGAAAAGAAAUAAGCCAUUCUUAUCCAAAUCUUUUUCUCUUUAAGUCCCUCAAGUUUGGAAAUUUUGGCUAUCAAGUCCCAAAAUAAUAUUUUUUCACAAUUUAGUCCUUAACUUGAUGCUAAAAUAUCACAAAAUUUUGGGGUAUUACACUCAUAGUCUUUCCUUGUCCACCAUUUCAGGAAGCGAAGUCAAGGACGAGGAAAAACGAGGGGAGUGACGAGUUAGAAGGCUAGCCAUCUUAUAAAUUUGAUAUAGAUUU